ACCAACACGCAGAUGCAUAACUUGAGUAAGUUUGUGUCACAGCUGUUGCAAACUGUGUCCACCCUUCUGAAACUCUUUCCUCUCCCUCCCCCUUCUUUAACUAUAAGGCAGGCCCGCAGAGCCGCGCAAACUUUCCCUGCAGCUCUGCAGAGACACUUUGGUUCUGUUCUCCUUGCGCUCUGGUCGCCGCAGCCCAGCCGGCCUGUCCUGAAGACUCGGAGUAAAAAAGCUGCCAAGCCCUCCGUUUGAUUCACUUCCUGUAGACGGGCUUCUACUCAAAAGUGGAGAGAGAGAGAGAGAAAGAAGGAGGGAGAAGAAGUCGGACACGGGAGUCAUUGCAUCUGCAAAGCUUAUGCCUGGUUGCCCAGAUCUGAACGCGCUGCAGGGUUCAGCGGAGAAAAACUUAUUGUAUCAAAAACAGAAACGGUGCACCAGAUAUCCAACGGAUAUUGCAAACCUUGACGCCGACUGACGCGCUGUUUCUUCCCCUGGUUUGAGGCGCAGAGUUUGGAGACCCUGAAGACUGAGACUGCAGGGGGGGUUCAUGUACUGGAAAAAUGAAGUUUUGUCCCCUCUCUCAGAGGGAAAUAAGAUUAUGUCUGAAGGAAUUCCAACAAAGCAGGUGAUCUGCGCCGAGCAUCAGAGCACACCGGGAACCCCGCGCAGCACUGUGGACUCCAAACACACACCGAUGUCUCUCUCGGACGGGGAGUCCCAGCGCUCCAAUAUGGAGCGGGAAGACAUCCGCUCUCCUCCCAGCACUCCGUCCACCCCCUCCGUGUGCUCGCCGACCUCCACCGCCAGCUCCGUGCCGUCCACCGGGAAGAACGUGUGCGCCAGCUGCGGGCUGGAGAUCCUGGACAGAUACUUGCUGAAGGUGAACAACCUGAUUUGGCACGUGCGCUGCCUGGAGUGCUCGGUGUGCAGAACGUCACUGCGUCAGCACAGCAGCUGCUACAUCAAGAACAAGGAGAUCUUCUGCAAAAUGGAUUAUUUCAGUAGGUUUGGUACCAAGUGUGCCCGCUGUGGGCGGCAGAUAUAUGCCAGCGACUGGGUGCGUCGUGCGAGGGGGAACGCAUACCACUUGGCCUGCUUUGCGUGCUACUCGUGUAAGAGGCAGCUGUCUACGGGAGAAGAGUUCGGCUUGGUGGAGGAGAAGGUUUUGUGUCGGAUCCACUACGACACCAUGGUGGAGAACCUCAAGCGGGCGGCUGAGAGUGGUAAUGGUAUUACAUUAGAGGGUGCAGUCCCGACAGAACAGGACAGUCAGCCUAAACCGGCCAAAAGAGCACGAACGUCGUUCACUGCAGAACAGCUACAGAUCAUGCAGGCGCAGUUUGCUCAGGACAACAAUCCAGACGCCCAAACGCUACAGAAACUGGCAGACAUGACGGGCCUGAGCAGAAGAGUUAUACAGGUGUGGUUUCAAAACUGCAGAGCGCGACAUAAAAAGCACACGCCCCAGCACAGCGGUGCUCCGCAGGGUCAUCCUCAGUCUAGGAUACCCUCGUCGCUGCCCGAUGAGCUGCAUUACUCCCCAUUCGGCAGUCCUGAACGAGCGCGCAUGGUAGCUCUUCACGGGUACAUCGAUAGUCAUCCGUUUUCCGUCCUGACCUCUCAGAGCCUCCCUCACCAGGCCAUGUCGCUGCCCCAGCUCCCCCUCAGCCGCUAGCUCUCCACGUGACCCCUGACCUCUGGAUCUUUACUCCGGAUCUGCAGUCAGUGAAGCCGCCUGACCUCACUUGAAAAUUGUGCAAGAGUCGUGGAGAAAAGACUAAUCUUCCAAUCAUGGACGGAAAGAGAAAGAGACAGAUCUGCCGUCGUCUUCUCUUCUUUUCAGUGGAUGGGGACAUUCAGCAUGUGGCCAGUGUGUCAAAUCAAUCACCUUCCAGCAUUUAUUAUCAGCAGGAACUCUCAAUCUGUGUUUUACACCCACUGAUGGACCCACCCUGAUUCUCAUGUACAGCAUCUUCCGCUCUGUUCACCCACCUUCAAACUUGGGGAAUUUUAAAUGGAUGUAAUUGAUAAAAGAAGCAGGACUGCAGCUUCUCGAAGGUUGUCAGAUUGUUGAAGAUUAAAUUAAAAUGUCACUGUGGCCCGUUGGGAAGGGCUCACACAUUAGAGGUAAGACUCCUCCCUUUUUUUUUCUCAAAGCAACCAUGAAGGAAAGUUAAAUGUAAACGAUAUACUGUUUGCAUUUGAAAUAACUAUUUACUUAAUGAUAUUGUAAAAAACAAAACAAAAAAAAUUCAAGUUUUCAAUUACACUUUAGCUUAACAGCUUUACAAUUAAAAUGUUGGUAUAAAAAAAUACAAAUAAAACAAGAUGUGCCUUAUUCAUUAAAAUAAAGUUUCCUCAUUAGUAAAUUAAAAACUAAAGAUGGUAGAUGGUUUAAAAUGGUAUUAAAUAUUUAUAAAAUGCCCCUCCAGAUUACACUCACACAUUUCUCUCUUAAAUUAAAAUCAAAAGGCAUAAAAUUGGAUGAGUUUUUUUUUUUAUUGAAUAAAGGCUCUGGCAUCUGUUCUAAUUCUUUUACAAAGCUCCUAAUAAAGAGAAAAUCUCAUUUUAACAUCUACUCAAACCAUUCCUGAAGAAAGUCACAUGUUUGUAUUUUCAGUAAUUUAUAUUUAGAAGGUUGCUUGAUUUGCCUCUCUGUGUAUGUGCGUGUGUGUGUGUGUAUUUUUUUUUAUACCAUAAGGAAAACUGAGAACUUUGGUACAAUAUCGACCCAAUUAAACCAAGUGGGUUUGUACAUAGUGAGAAGUGUGCAUGUGUUUCUGUGUGUUUUAUGGGCGGGGAGAGUGAGUGUGUGUUUGUAUCUUAGUGCCAUGGCCGUUGUGUUGAGACAGAAUCCAACGACACCUCAAAGACCUUGUAUUUAUUGACAUGAUAAAAAUUCCUGUAAAAAGCACUUUUUCCCACUUUCUGACAUCGUUUUGUUAAGUCAAGAAAUAUUAACAAGAAAAAAGAGAAAAAGAAAUAAAACAAAGGGUUUAUUUGAGAGACUGUGCAUCAUAAAUGUUUUGUGUAAUAAAAUGCAAUAAAUCAGAAUGUGAUAAUUUG